AUGUCCAAAGUUCCUACAGAGACUGUCGAGCUCGGUAUUCGUGAGUUGAGUACGUACGAUGGUUGGACCAAAGACAGUGAAGACAAUGGUGUCACACUGUACACCAAGAGCUUGUUUUCGGAUCGUUCCACUCCGAGCAUUAAAUUUACCGGAGUCGUGGAUGAGCCAAUAGAGGACGUUUUUGAAGUUGCCCGAAACAUUGAUUACAGAAUUCAUAUGAAUGAAACCACAGUUGAAGCAAAGUGGCUAGAACAACCUCAACAAACUCAAGACGGAAAGAGCUAUGAUGUAUUCUAUACUCGCCUUAAAGGACCAUCUUCUCUCGUGUCCCAUCGUGAUUUCAUCAUUGCUCGUAUAUGGUGGUACAGUGAAGCUGAAAAGGCUUGGUGGAUGGUCAUGAGAAGUGUCAAGUUGGAUGGUCCUCAAGGAAAAGAGGUGAGUGGUGUCGUUAGAGGAGAAUUCUUGAUUCAAGCCUUUAAAUUCGAAUCGGUCAAUGAUGGAAAAUCAACCAAAUUCACCAUUGUGGCACAAGUGGAGUAUGGUGGAUGGUUACCCUCCAGUGUCAUUUCAUUCUUCCAAAAGAAAAUACCAAUGGACAUGAAAACCAAGUUAACAGCAGGUGUGAUGGCAUUGAGAAAAGAUCGUAACAAGCAAUAA